AGUUGGGCGCGCGGCGCGGCCCUGCGCAGCGGCUGGCUGCCGGCUGUCCUGCCCGGCCCGGCCCGGCCCGGUGCCCGCGGCGCGGUGCUGCGGGGCGGGCGGCGCGCGGAGCGAGGCGGGGAGCAGCGGCCCCGCAGCGGCGGGGGGAGGCGGCUGGCAGCGGGCGGGCGGGCAGGCAGGCAGGCAGCGUUGCCCGGCUCCGCCGCCCGCCCCCGGCCCCGCCGCCCGCCCAGCGCCGGCGGCCCCGGGAGAUGGUGACACAUGAAGCGCGCGGGGAGGACCAUGGUUGAGAGGACCAGCAAGUUCCUGCUGAUCGUGGCCGCGUCCGUGUGCUUCAUGCUCAUCCUGUACCAGUACGUGGGGCCGGGGCUGAGCCUGGGCGCGCCCAGCGGCCGCCCCUACGCCGAGGAGCCGGACCUGUUCCCCACGCCGGACCCGCACUACGUGAAGAAGUACUACUUCCCGGUGCGCGAGCUGGAGCGGGAGCUCGCCUUCGACAUGAAGGGCGAGGACGUGAUCGUGUUCCUGCACAUCCAGAAGACGGGCGGCACCACCUUCGGCCGCCACCUGGUGCAGAACGUGCGCCUGGAGGUGCCCUGCGACUGCCGGCCCGGCCAGAAGAAGUGCACCUGCUACCGCCCCAACCGCCGCGAGACCUGGCUCUUCUCCCGCUUCUCCACCGGCUGGAGCUGCGGGCUGCACGCCGACUGGACCGAGCUCACCAACUGCGUGCCCGGCGUGCUGGGCCGCCGCGAGAGCGCGCCCAACCGGACGCCCAGAAAAUUUUACUACAUCACACUGCUGAGAGACCCCGUAUCUCGUUACCUCAGCGAAUGGCGGCACGUCCAGCGAGGAGCCACCUGGAAGACCUCCUUGCACAUGUGUGAUGGCAGGACGCCGACUCCCGAAGAGCUGCCAUCGUGCUAUGAGGGCACGGACUGGUCAGGCUGCACGCUGCAGGAGUUCAUGGAUUGCCCCUAUAACUUGGCCAAUAACCGCCAGGUGAGGAUGUUGGCCGACUUGAGCCUGGUGGGCUGCUACAACAUGUCUUUCAUCCCAGAGAACAAGCGAGCACAGAUCCUGCUGGAGAGCGCAAAAAAGAACCUCAAAGACAUGGCCUUCUUCGGCCUGACAGAGUUCCAGAGAAAGACUCAGUACCUGUUUGAGAGAACUUUUAACCUGAAAUUCAUCCGGCCCUUCAUGCAGUACAACAGCACCAGGGCAGGAGGGGUGGAGGUGGACAAUGACACCAUCCGCAGGAUCGAGGAGCUCAAUGACCUGGACAUGCAGCUCUACGACUAUGCAAAGGACCUCUUCCAGCAGCGCUAUCAGUACAAACGGCAGCUAGAGAGGAUGGAGCAGAGGAUAAAGAAUCGGGAAGAGAGGCUUCUUCACCGGUCCAAUGAAGCGCUUCCCAAGGAAGAGACCGAAGAGCAAGGACGCUUGCCCACUGAGGACUACAUGAGCCAUAUUAUAGAGAAGUGGUAGCCUAGGCAGACUUUUAUAUGAACGAAUGAUACUGUAGGGUUUCCAUUUCAAAGAUCGUGGAAGUAAAAUCACAAAAGCAGCAGAAAAGUAUUUUAUUUAAAAGCAAGUCUGUAAAACAGAAGGUAGAUUGCUUCCUUAAGCAUAGGGUCUUUUUACUGUUUCUUACAAGACCGAUGAGAUUCUUAAAAAAAAAUAAUAAAUAAAUGCAUAAAAAUGAAAAAAAGGGUCAGCAUUAUAAUGCAGAGAUAAAAAAUGCACAAAUGCAGUUACCCCCUCUUAAGGCCAAAUGCAAAAGGAUGUUUCUUAUCCUCGUAAUUCAAACACAAAUGGCAGAAGCAAGAUUUCUUUAGAUCUGUUUUUCCCUGAGCAUAAUGAUAUCAGGAUACUUAAUUAAAAAAAAACAAGGAAA